UUGGCGAGCGGUUCGUGAACGGACCUGUUCCUUUUCCGGAGGAAUUUGAUUUAAUUCCUAAUAUAAAUAAUCUAAGACGGCCCUUUUUCCGCAGCCUGGUCAAAUAAAAUUCACUUACGGUAAUAAUUGUAAUUAUUAAGCCCUCUAGCGAUGAAGAUCCGCAAAAUGUAGAUCCAAUUGUCGUCUUUAGCCUGAAGUUCUUUUGAAGAUAAACUUUGUGAAGUUCCGGUGUGUUGUCGGCUUAGUGAAGACACUCAGGCCUACCUUUUUAUAGAUGAGUGCGUGGGUUUGUGAAGUGGUUAAGAAAUUCACAGGCUGAUGAAUUAACUCCGCUAAUUGAUGUGGCACGAGGACUAGAAACUCCUGGGAGGAGUGCCGGACAUGAAUUACACUCAAGGCAAGGGACGGCUGCACCCAGCCUACAGCCUCAGUGGCUCCGAGGGCGAGGACAACCCCAGGGUCUCUGGGACCAGAGGUCCGUCUCAGGCCCAAAGUCUCUAUAACCAAAGUCAGCCCGGUCAGUCUCACAGCCACUACAACACGGCCCACAAAAGAGGAAACGCGAGUUAUCAACAACCUCAAUUGUACCACGUCGCCAGCAGAGUUGAGGGCCUCAGCGACACUCCUACUUCUGGGAACGCCAGCGACGAGACUCUUACUGAUUGCGAGCUGACCCAUCUGGCUCGGGAGUGGAACGGUUGUUUAUUGGACAACUCGGCACCCCGGGGCCCGCCCGAUGUGCCUCCUCGCAACCCCACAAUGAGUCGGCUCAACGGAAGACUGCCCGGUAGCCACGCUAGUGAUCACGAUCGCGAUCUUGAUUUGGAGCCCUCUUGUCUAGUGAGAACGCCGUCAGGAAAUUUUUACAACAAACCGCCAAAGAAUACGAAGAAUGAAUACAAUAACAAGCACCAGUCAACGGGAAAUAGUCCAAUAAAAGUAGAGCUACAAAACAAUAUGGAUAGGGUACCAUUGCCUUACGGCCACGCGCCAUCGAUGAUCCCAAUGAGAAGACAAAGCAUCAGGUGCCACUUUCGCAAGGGCAUGGACUGGUGCAGCUGGAAGUUGAUCGCAAUAGUUGCGAUCACAAUUGCCAUUUGCUUGAUUGGUGCCUUGAUCUACUUGGCCGCAUCAAGCUCGGUCACUUGGCCGUACCACGCCACCAAAGCCUGCAACGUUUUGGUGGACAGCCAGGACAAGAGCCUGGAGACAAAGAACGUGACGUCAGCAUCAGCUACGUCAAGCCCUGGACGAGCUAGACAACCAGCAGGAGGUGAGAAUCCAGGAGAUCAUGUAGAUAGUAAUGGUUAUGUUUACAGUAGAAAGCGUAGAGACACUAGUCAGCAUGACAAUUGGGACUUGGUUAACCCUCAGUUUGACACGGUAACUAUGCAUGAUCAUUUAACUGAGCACGGUGGUGGGUUUUCUGGUGCUAGUUAUCUAGGUAGUGAUGCUAGUGAUGCUAGUGAUGCUUCUUUCGAGUCUACCACUAGUAGUUCCAUUUUUCAAGAGCAGACAAUCUUCAGUGAUGAUGGGACAACCAUUUCUGAUGAUCAGGAGACUUCUGAUGCUUGGAAAUCGACUACUGAUCAUCAAGAUGCUGCUUCUGAAGGUCAAACUCCAGGUUUUGAUGAUCAAGACCCUGUCUUGGACGUCCAAGUUCAUCCUGAAGCUCAGGAGCCAGCUUCUAGUGAUCAAAAGAUCAUUUUAAAUGAUCAGGAGCAAAGAUCUGAUGAUCUGGUACCUCCUGAAGGCCAAAAAGCUGAUACUGAUGCUGCUGAAACCAGUUUUGAUGAUCAGGAGGCUUCUUUUGUGACCACUUCAUCACUUUUUGAUACUAAGACACUUCCUGGUCAAAUACCUGAUCCUGAUGGUGGAAUAUCCAGUUUUGAUGAUCAGGAGGCUUUUUCGGUGACCAAUUCAUCAGCUUUUGAUGAUCUAAUACCUUCUGAAAGUCAAGCACCUGAUCCUGAUGGUUUAAUAUUCAAUUUUGAAGAUCAGGAGGUAUCUUCAUCAGCUCUACCAACUUCAGAGGCUCAAAAUCCGACUCUAAAUGACCUUCAGGCACUUUCUGAUGACCAAGAAUCAAUCUUAGCCAUCGAAAUCCCUCCAGAGCCUGAAAAAUCACUCUCUAAAGAUCGAAGAUCAAUUCUAGCGACAAAAACACCUGUAAUUAUCCAAGCUUUAGCUACUGAUCACCCAAGAACAUCAACUCUAGAAGUUUUAAGCCCACUUCCUCAUCAACUGGAGCUAGAUACUACUGGUAAAUCAUCAACAACUGAUGCUCCGGUGCUAAAAAUCACAGCUGAUCUUCCUAGAGAGUCCUCCAGAGAGGAGCAAGACCGAGUUUUGCUAGAUGAAGUGCCUCAGCAGGAUUUCCCAGGCUCACUGUACAAUUCUGAAGUGAUUGAGAUUGUGGCGCUGAACGAACCAGUAAAUUCAGGAAGAAACACUUACACUGUUGAAGAAGAAGACCCGCCAACUCUCGGCUCACAAUCUGGAGAGUCAAUGGAGGUCAUUGGAGAUACUAACAAAAUAACAGAAACUUCGCAAGAUACCACAGAAAUGAUCCAGGUUAAUGUAACCAUCUCCAGCACAGACACCAAAUCAUCCCCCAAGCAACUCUACGUAGUAUCCAUCUCUGUUCCUCGUGAUCCUGGAACUAAUCCUAAUAUUGUGACUAUUCCUAAUUCCUACGAACUUCCUCCGCCUCCUAAACCUCCAGCUACACCUCCACCAAUUUGGGCUGGAGGCGAGUGUGAGUGCUCUUGCCCUUGUAUGGACUCUGAUGAUGAUGAUGACUGGGGCUCUUUUCCAGCCGAGGAAUUUCAGGAGUUUGAUACCUUAACCACUUUAGAUGAUUUAACUGGUACUUCUUAUGGUAUCACUGAUGAUACUGGUGUUACUGAUAGUUCUGUUGGUAAUGAUUAUUGUGGCAUGCCACAAGAGCCAACAAUUCUAAUCCUCGAAGGUGCUAGGACCUUUCCUGCCAGGUCUUUCCCUCCAGAUGGUACAACCUUCGCCCAGGUGAGCUUGGGCCAGCACCUGAACAAGGAGAUUCCUGCUUACAGCUACUGGAACAUGCAGUUCUACCAAUCGGAGGCCGCUUACGUAAGGUUUGAUUACAGUAUUCCAAGAGGAGCUUCUAUUGGCGUCUACGCCAGGAGAAAUGCGCUGCCUACUCACACCCAGUAUGACCUCCUGGAGGUUCUUAGUGGAUUCAAGGCUAGAACUACCAGAGCUUCUCAUCCGUCGAUCAAAAAGGAGGUAACCCAUUACAUGGAACCUGGUCACUGGUUCCUAUCAUUGUACAAUGACGACGGCGACCCCCAAGAAAUCUCCUUUAUCGCAGUGAUCGCCGAAGACAUGACCCACAAUUGUCCCAACGGAUGCAGCGGCAAAGGAGAAUGUCUUCUAGGCCACUGCCAGUGCAACCCAGGAUUCGGAGGUGAGGACUGCAGCGAGAGUGUAUGCCCUGUGCUCUGCAGCCAGCGCGGGGAAUACAUUAACGGCGAAUGUCAAUGCAAUCCUGGAUGGAAAGGCAAGGAGUGCUCUUUGAGGCACGACGAGUGCGAAGUUCCUGAUUGUAAUGGUCACGGUCACUGUACUAAUGGAAAGUGCAACUGCGUUCGUGGGUACAAGGGCAAGUUCUGUGAGGAACCUGAUUGUCCUCACCCAACAUGUUCAGGUCAUGGGUUCUGCGCUGAAGGGACUUGCAUCUGCAAGAAAGGCUGGAAGGGAGUCGAUUGUAGUCAGAUGGACAAGGAAGCUCUGCAGUGUCUUCCAGAUUGCAGUGGCCAUGGGAACUUUGAUUUGGAGACUCAGACGUGUCAUUGCGAGCCCAUGUGGUCUGGGGAUGAUUGUUCUAAAGAGCUUUGUGACCUGGACUGUGGUCCUCAUGGUCAUUGUGUGGAUAAUGCUUGUGAUUGUGUCCCUGGGUGGUCUGGCGAGCUUUGUAAUUUGAAGCAAUGCGAUCCUAGGUGCAAUGAGCAUGGUCAGUGCAAGAAUGGAACCUGUCUUUGCGUUACUGGGUGGAACGGAAGGCACUGCACUAUGGAGGGAUGUCCGAAUUCUUGUUCUGGUCAUGGACAGUGCAGGGUCAAUGUUGACGCUCAGUGGGAGUGCAGGUGCUAUGAUGGAUGGGAUGGUAAAGAUUGUGGGGUACUUUUGGAACAGAAUUGCAGUGAUCAGCGGGAUAAUGAUAAAGAUGGACUAAUCGACUGCGCUGAUCCUGAAUGCUGUGGCAACCACGCUUGCAGAGGCAGCCAAUUGUGCGUAUCCGCGCCCAAACCCAUCGACAUCCUCCUAAGAAAGCAGCCACCAGCAAUAACAGCGUCGUUCUUCGAGCGAAUGAAGUUCCUAAUUGACGAAGGCAGCCUCCAAAACUACGCCCGACAAGAAAGCUUCAACGAAAGCGUCUUCUGGAAUCACUUCAACACCAGUCGAUCUGCAGUAGUACGCGGAAGAGUGGUCACUUCAAUGGGAACUGGUUUAAUGGGAGUCCGAGUUAGUACCAGCACACCUUUAGAAGGCUUCACCUUGACCCGGGAUGACGGAUGGUUCGAUCUUCUGGUCAAUGGCGGUGGUGCUGUCACUCUUCAAUUUGGCCGUUCGCCAUUCAAGCCUCAGACCCACAUCGUUUUUGUUCCAUGGAAUGAGGUGGUGAUAAUCGACCGGAUUGUAAUGAGCACCGUCGAUGAAAAGCCUCCAAUCCACAUCGCGCAUGCCUGUGCGGCGCACGACUACGACCAAAUGAAGCCCGUAGUCUUGGCAACCUGGAAGCACGGGUUCCAAGGCGCGUGUCCUGAAAAGAGCGCCAUUUUGGCAGAGUCCCAAGUAGUCCAAGAAAGUCUUCAAAUUCCUGGAACUGGUCUAAACUUAGUCUACCACAGUUCCCGCGCAUCUGGUUACUUAUCAACAAUCCAGCUACAAUUAACUCCCGAGAGCAUCCCACCGACUCUAAACCUGAUCCACCUGCGCAUCACCAUCGAAGGAAUCCUCUUCGAAAAGACCUUUGAAGCGGAUCCAGUGAUAAAGUUUACCUACGCUUGGAACCGCUUGAACGUCUACCGUCAAAGAGUCUACGGUGUGACGACAGCCAUGGUCAAGGUUGGUUAUGAAUAUGCUGAUUGCAAGGACAUCAUCUGGGACGUUCAAACCACCAAGUUGAGCGGGCAUGAUAUGUCUAUCUCAGAAGUGGGAGGCUGGAACCUGGACAUCCACCACCGCUACAACUUCCACGAGGGAAUCUUGCAGAAAGGUGACGGCAGCAAUAUUUACCUCAAGCACAAGCCAAGAGUCAUCCUUACUGCCAUGGGCGAUGGACACCAGCGUCCUUUAGACUGCUUUGACUGUGACGGCCAGGCUUCUAAGCAACGACUUCUAGCUCCAGUAGCUUUAGCAGCUUCUCCAGAUGGCGCUAUCUUCGUUGGAGAUUUUAACCUGAUCCGCAAGAUCCUGGUCGAUGGAACUGUGAAGACUGUCGUGAGACUCAACGCUACCAGGGUGUCUUACAGGUACCACAUAGCUUUGAGCCCCCUGGAUGGUGUCUUGUACAUCUCAGACCCAGAAUCGCACCAGAUCAUCCGCGUCAGGGAUGUUAAUGACUACACAGACCCGGACCACAACUGGGAGACUGUUGUAGGAUCAGGAGAACGUUGCUUACCUGGAGACGAAGCUCAUUGUGGUGACGGAGCGCUUGCUAGAGACGCUAAGCUAGCUUACCCCAAAGGCGUCGCAGUUUCAGCGGACAAUGUCCUGUACUUUGCUGAUGGCACCAACAUCAGGAUGGUUGACCGGGACGGAAUCAUCACCACUGUCAUCGGCAACCACAUGCACAAGUCCCACUGGAAGCCUAUUCCCUGCGAAGGUACCUUGAACGUCGAAGAGGUGCAUCUUCGUUGGCCGACUGAGCUUGCUAUCAACCCCCUGGACAACAGUUUACACAUAAUCGACGACCACAUGGUCCUCCAAUUGGCUCCUGAUGGCCGCGUCAAGGUAGUAGCAGGCAGACCCUUGCACUGUGCUAGCGCCUCUACUUCAGACACUGAACUAGCGACUCAUGCCACUCUGGUGAUGCCUCAGUCCAUAGCUUUUGGACCUUCUGGGAGUUUGUACAUCGCCGAAAGCGACUCCCAAAGGAUCAACCGGAUCAGAGUCAUUCUGACUGACGGGAAGAUCGGUCCUUUCGCUGGAGCCGAGUCCAAGUGCAAUUGUCUUGAGCGUGGCUGUGAUUGCUUCGAAGCUGACCACUAUUUAGCUUCUACGUCCAAAUUCAAUACCAUUUCUGCUGUGGCAGUUUCUCCUGAUGGAGUCGUCCACAUUGGAGAUCAAGCUAACUAUCGGAUCAGGUCUGUGAUGGCUAGCAUUCCUGAUGCUUCAGGAGCUAGGGAGUAUGAGAUCUACUCGCCAGAUACGCAAGAAAUCUACGUGUUUAACAGAUUCGGGCAGCAUAUCUCCACCAAGAAUAUUCUAACUGGAGAAACUUUUUAUGUCUUCACUUACAACGUCAACACCAGCAAUGGAAAGCUGAGCACAGUCACUGAUGCUAGUGGCAACAAGGUCUUCUUGUUGAGAGAUUACAGCAGCCAGGUUAACUCUAUUGAGAACACAAAGGGCCAGAAGUGCAGGUUGAGGAUGUCCAGGAUGAAGAUGCUCCAUGAGCUCAGCACUCCGGAUAAUUACAACGUCACCUUUGACUACCAUGGAUCUUCUGGGCUGCUCAAAACUAAAUUAGACAGCACCGGUAGGAGCUACGUUUACAACUACGACGAAUUUGGAAGAUUAACUAGCUCAGUGACGCCAACUGGAAAAGUUAUUGAUCUUACCUUUGAUCUAAGUGUCAAGGGCGCUACGGUUAAAAUCGGGCAGAACAAUCGCAAGCCAGUGUCCAUGCUGAUCAAGGGGUCCAGUGUUCUGACCAAAGUUGGAGAAGCUGAAGGAAGAACUACCGUCGCUGGAGAUGGUUCUGUGGGUAAGGUUACUUCCUGGGGGCACACUGUCAGCACAGAUACGCUUCCUUAUGCUAUCCUAGCGGAAAUUGAACCGCUAUUAGGAGAAAGCUACCCUGUACCAGCAAAACAAAGGACUGAGAUUGCCGGAGAUCUAGCCAAUAGAUUCGAGUGGAGAUACUAUUUAAGAAAAGUCCAGGGCAAAAGGGGCAAUUCUAAAGCUGUGGCACAAGUUGGCAAGAAAUUACGAGUCAACGGUGAUGUUCUUUUGUCGUUAGAGUACGACCGUGAUAGCAAUACAGUCGCAGUUUUUAUAGACGAUCGUGUGGAGCUGCUUAAUGUUACCUACGACCGGAACGCUCAGCCACUGAAGUGGCUACCCAGGAACGGAAUCUUCUCAGGAGUUGACCUUGAGUAUGACCGGUUCAGUAGAUUGACUCGAUGGACCUGGGGAGACAUCAGCGAGAGCUACGGAUUCGAUCGAGCUGGACGGCUGUUUGAAAUCAAGUACUCAGACGGCACCGCGAUGGUCUACGCUUUUAAGGAUAUGUUCAGCAGCCUUCCGCUAAAGGUAACAACGCCACGAGGAAGCGACUAUCUGCUUCAGUAUGAUGAAGCUGGAGCACUUCAAUCCUUAACGACACCCAGAGGACAUAUCCAUGCAUUCUCCUUGCAAACAUCUCUUGGAUUCUAUAAGUACCAGUAUUACUCUCCAAUGAAUAGGCAUCCUUACGAAAUCCUGUAUAAUGAUGAUGGUCAGAUUCUGGCGAAGAUUCUGCCACAUCAAAGCGGCAAGGUCGCUUACGUCUACGACCAUGCUGGAAAAUUGGAGACUACUUUAGCAGGAUUGUCGUCGAUUCACUACACCUAUCAGGAAACUACUUCCCUAGUCAGGAGCAUUGAUAUCAACGAGCCUAACUUUGAAAUGCGAGUAGAGUACAAGUACCACGCGGGAAUUGUCAAGGAUGAGAAGAUCAAGUUUGGCAGCAAAAGUGGCAUGGACAACGCGCAUUAUAGAUACCAGUAUGACGGAAAUGCUAGGAUUUCGGGAAUUGAAGUUGAUAUCAACGGAAAACAGCUGCCUCAAUUGAGGUUGAAGUACAACCAGAACUUGGGAGUGCUAGAAGGAGUUGGAGAUCUGAGGAUUUACCGCAAUACCUUCAAUAGAUCCGUGAUGCAAGAUGCUAGCAAGCAAUUCUUCACUGUGACGGAUUAUGAUGACCGUGGAAGAACCAAGAGUGUGGUGAUGAACAUCAGAUCUUUGGAUGUCUUCAGGAUGGAGCUGGAGUAUGAUAAUAGGAAUAGGAUAAAGAUGCGUAAGCUUACAAUUGGAAAGGAUUCUAUGGAUAAAAAAGAGUGGUCCAGGAUGGACAAGAUCACUUACAAUGCUGAUGGUCAUGUUCUUGAAGUGGCAGACACUGACAACAAUUGGCAGUAUGCUUACGAUGAAAAUGGCAACGUCGUUGGUGUUACGGAGCACAAUGAAAAGAUAACUCUUGGGUAUGACAGUGGUGACCGGGUUGUCCAGUAUGGAGAUGUUGAAUUCAAUUCUUAUGACAGCCGUGGGUUUGUUGUGAUUCGCGGAGAGCACAAAUAUAGGUAUAAUUCUCGAGGUCAGCUGAUUCACGCUUCAGAGCACAAGAAGUUCCAGAUUUGGUAUUACUAUGAUGACCAGGGUAGACUAGUGUCCUGGAACGACGACCGGGAGAAUAUUACCCAAUUCUUCUAUGCCAAUCCCAAAACUCCUGAAUUGAUCACACAUGUCCACUUUCCCAAGACUCAGAAAACCUUCAGGUUCCUUUACGAUGCCCGAAAUUUCUUGACAACUGUCGAAACAUCAGAGCAAAGAUUCUACGUUGCUUCUGACCAAAAUGGAUCACCAUUGGCGCUGUUUGACACCAAUGGGAAUCUAAUUAAGGAAAUGCGAAGAACUCCUUUUGGAAAGAUUAUUAAGGAUACUAAUCCUGACUUUUACUUACCGAUAGACUUCCACUCAGGAUUGCUGGACCCGGUGACUAAAUUAGUCUACUUAAACAAGCGGCUGUACGAUCCAACAGUUGGGCAGUGGAUGACACCAGCUUGGGAGCAGAUGGUCAACCAAUUGACCACUCCAACGGAUGUCUUUAUCUACCGAUUCAGGAAUAAUGAUCCAAUCAACUCCAAAUUGUCUGUGGAUUACAUGACAGAUCUAGCCAGCUGGUUGAAGCUCUACGGCUAUGACAUCCCUUCGAUGCUAGGAUCUGAGUACACCAAACAGAUGAUAAACCAGCCGUCAGCUACGAUAACCUCGCCGCAGCUGACUCCUGACUUUGGAGUGAUGUCCGGGUUGCAGUGUAUCGUCAACCGGGUCCAUGAUAAAUUCUCCGAUCUAGACUUCGUGCCCAAACCUUUGCUGAAAUUAGAACCCAAGACCCGGAACCUGCUCCCGCGUGUUGCUCAUAGGCGAGCUGUCUUUGGCGAAGGGAUCCUGGUGUCUAGAGUAGGAGGCCGUGCUUUAGUAAGCGUGGUUGAUGGUGUUAACAGUGUGGUUCAAGAUGUCGUCACCAGUGUCUUCAAUAAUUCUUACUUCUUGCCGCUGCAUUUCAGCGUUCAUGACCAGGAUGUCUUUUACUUCGUCAAGGACAACGCACUGAAGAUGAGGGACGACAUGGAGGAGUUAAGGAGGCUCGGAGGAAUGUUCAAUGUGUCGACUCAUGAGACUACUGAGCACGGAGCUGGAACCUGGAAGGAAUUGAGGCUUCACAAUCCUGAUGCUGCUGUCGUGAUCAAGUAUGGCGCUGAUCCUGAGCAGGAGCGCCACAGAAUCUUGAAGCACGCCCACAAGAGGGCGGUUGAACGGGCCUGGGAGAUCGAGAAGCAGCUGGUUGGUGCUGGGUUCCAGGGCAGAGGUGAUUGGUCCAAGGAGGAAAAGGAUCAGCUGCUCACUAGAGGUAGUGUUGAUGGCUACGAGGGCGUUGACAUCCACAGUGUUCACAGGUAUCCUCAGCUGGCUGAUGAUCCGGGAAAUGUCGCGUUUACUAGAGACACUAAGAGGAAGCGCCGUAAGAGUGGGAACAGGAGGGCCAGGUUCCUUAGGCAUGACACGUGAUCAUGGUGCCAUGAUUAUGAUGAUGAUGAUCAGUGAUUUGUAUAUGGAAGUGUCAAAAUUAAGCUAGUCCGCUUAGUAAAAUAAUUAUUUUGUAGGUGUUAUAUAUUAAGUAUGUUAAUGAGGGGAGUGUAUGGUCACUAUGGAGGGGAUAAGGCUGUAAAGUGGGGGGGGGGAUAAAAGUGGUGGAAUAAUAUAUCCGGACAAUGGCGUCUUAGCAUCACACAGGGUCUAAAAGACAAAUAUUUAAUAAAAAAAUAAUUCACUAAAAGAAUGUUCAUUGUCCACCUUCGUCCAAAACAAAGAUUGUUGGUACACUAAACUUAUAGAUGGCUAAGCCAAUAUUUUUACGAGCAAAUAAUUACUUAUUAUUUUGUAAAUAUCUAAUUGUAGAUAGUAUUAAUUAAUUAAUCGGCUUUUUUAUAUA